CGCCCGUGGCACGGUGAGCGACCUGUCACCACGGAGAACGCUCUGGAUGUGCGAAUGUUGCAGGACGGAAUCAACUCUCCUCCGGGAGACGACAGAAACAGGAUCCCCCGUUGAGAGUGCAACAGUGGAGUCCAAAGAAGCGUGGGCGCCAGAUGUUGCCGCAGAGAGGGGCAAGAAUCAGCAAGAAACUGAGAUGAAUGGAAGCCCCCACAACGCCGCGCGCGAAGCUUCGGAAGACAAAAACAAAGAUCCUGCAGAGGGAAACUUUUGGCAGUCGAGGUGGGAGAUACGAUGAGGCAAAUGGUUCUUUUUCUGCUGUUUUUUGAAAGCCGCCGGUCAGCAAAUUUUGCAUGCAGUCUCAAACCUCAAGGGCCGCGACAUUGCAUGCACAGAAAAGAGAGGAUCAGCUGUCGCAGCAGUCGCCUCGGAUCCUGAACCUGUGUCUUCACAGACUGUUUACGGUGAAACACAUUUAAACGAACGUUUGCUGAUAUCUUGACGACGCGGUGACAAAAGACCAAGGGGAAAGUGUUUCUCUGCAUAGGCAGAAGUGUUUGGCUGAGUUUUGAAGGCGGUUACGGGCGUGUGUCGAAUAGCUGGUUUCCGCUGUCUCGGUAAUAAAACAGGGUUUGAGACGCCUUCAGUAGAGGACUGGAAACCGUCUGCCGGCACUUGUAAAGUGUCGCACUGUCUCCUUCCCCUCAAACACUCACUUCUAUUGCACCUUCGUGCCCAGUCUAGUGUUAGGUACAAGUGACGGGGAACUGGAGACAGUGAAUGUGGUUGCUAGCUCGCUCUUCUGAUAAACCUCUUAUUUUAUUGUGUGUGCCCAAAUCCUUCCCGUCUCCUUAGCACAAUGCCGACGUCUGUGCGGGGAACCUCUCCCGGAGGCAGCGGAGCCUCUUCUCAGCGCCAGGGCAAUGAAGAGUCCAAAUCCCCAGCUUCCUCGUCUGCUAGUGGUGACUCAUCUGCACACAUUUCUUCUUCCGUGCUUACCCAGCAGAAGAAAAGAGAAGAGGAGAUAAAGCAUCAACACCGGCCAGUUUCGCGUGGCCGGGUGUUGCUCGCCAUUCUGCGGAACCCGGAGAAUAGUUCUGUCCUGAUAAAGUUUCUCCUCUUUGCGAUUUUGAUGGCAGUUCUUCCGAUAUCUACGGUUCUGGUUCUACCUCGGCUUGUCUUGGUCAUGUUAAAACAUAUGCAAUCAAAAUCCGACGACGACGGACUACGUGAUGCUGCGAACAUGUGUGGAAACAUCGCCGCUAUCGUUCUCGUGAAUGUUGUUAUGCUGAGCUACGCGUUUCUUGCCUACCGUGAAGAAAAAAGAGACUGGGAAAAAGUUUGUAGAGCACAGGCUUCCGCCGGUAGUCCAAGUGAAAAAGAAGACGAGGCCACUGCCACAAAGAAGAGGAAGUAAUGCGGAGAUCUGAUGUCGGCGUGUACCGCGCGUGGCACAGCGAGCAAAACGGCGACUUUCUCGGGGCCUUUAUCUGUGUUAGACGAUGGCAGUGCUUUUCAAGGGUUUCUUCCGUUGGCUUGUGUCAUGCCUUUACAUCCGUCUGAUGAAGUCGACCAAUUGCAACUGUAAACCUGCGGUACCAGCUCGAAUCAAGCUUG